AUGACGACGACGACAGCCCCAACCGACCCCCCAGCACCGCCAAUACCCGCCCCGCUGCCGCCCCUCCCGAACCCCCUCCGCGCGGCCGCCAACCCCGGCGCGCAGGCCGCCGCCGCCGCCGAGGGGAUCGCGGCGCUGCGCGCGCUCGCGAACGGCGCGAGCAACGGCACGACGGACUACCCGUACCCCACGACAACAGACUACCCCCUCCCGCCCCUCCCUCCGGUCCCAGUCCCACCGCGCACGCGCGCGGCGCGCCGCCGCUCCGUGGCGGGUAAGACGCUCAAGCCGACCGUCGACCCCGACAUCCCAGCGGGGUCGUACCUGUCCCCUGUUGGGCUGAGCGUCGGUGACGCCGUGGCAGCGCAUAACGCCGAACACCCCGACAUGCCCGCCGAGCUGCGCUACGACCGCUCGGCGCUGCUCGUGACCCUCGCUUCGCGGGGGUACGUCUGGGCCCUUCUGCGCACGAUUGGCGGCGAGGUGGCUGCCGAGGUCGAGGUGCUCGCUGUGCGCUUCUUCCCGAAUCCUGAUCGCCGGCCACCGCCUAUCCACGCUCUGCCGCCGCAGGGCCCAGCUCAGGCGCUCUCCGAGCACCUGUCCAGCCUCCGCCUGUCCGUCGCCAAGCUCCUCUACCGCCUCCCGCACAUUGUCGAGUCGUUCGGCCAGCCGUGCUUCAUCUGCGGCAACCGCCUGAGCGACGUCGACGGCCUGCCCGUUGGCGGCACCGGGUUCCUCGCUGCCCCGCCCAAGAAGGCUGCCAGUGGCGCUGAGGCCGACAAGGAGAGCCAGGAAAAGGACAAGGAGGGUAAAGACGGGGACGGCAAGGACAAGGAGAGCAAAGACGGCGACGCCAAGGACAAGGAGGACAAGGACAAGGACAGCAAGGAGGCGGAUGCGUUGGUUGUCCCUCCUCCAGACGAGGCAGCGGCUCAAGGCCAGUGGGUCACAUGGCACCCGUCGUGCGAGACGGCGUAG